AUGCAGCAGACGUUGACUCCUCACGUGUACUGGGCUCAGCGGCAUGAGGACAUCUACCUGCGAGUGGAGCUGAUUGAUGCGCUGGUGAGUGGAGAGAGGACCUGUCACCCGGAGGCAAUACAUUAACCGCUCACAAAUCUGCAGUGGUUUAUCUUGCGCGCUAUAUUCAUCACCAGGUUUCCGAAGUUCACAUUGGAUUGAGAAUCGACCCUUUGCAUGAGGAUUUAUCCCUAAUGUUGGGUAUAGGCCUACUGAAACUUGUGACUGAGUAGGCUAUCAUUGCGUAAGAGCAAAUAAUAGAAUAUAAAUACAAUCGUAUGCUUGUGUUUCUGAGAAUGAUGUGAUCCAUAAUAACUGAGUCACUGUGGUGUAUCCAUAAUAACUGAGUCACUGUGGUGUAUCCAUAAUAACUGAGUCACUGUGGUGUAUCCAUAAUAACUGAGUCACUGUGCUGUAUCCAUAAAAACUGAGUCACUGUGGUGUAUCCAUAAUAACUGAGUCACUGUGGUGUAUCCAUAAUAACUGAGUCACUGUGGUGUAUCCAUAAUAACUGAGUCACUGUGGUGUAUCCAUAAUAACUGAGUCACUGUGGUGUAUCCAUAAUAACUGAGUCACUGUGGUGUAUCCAUAAUAACUGAGUCACUGUGGUGUAUCCAUAUUACUGAGUCACUGUGAUGUAUCCAUAAUAACUGAGUCACUGUGGUGUAUCCAUAAUAACUGAGUCACUGUGGUGUAUCCAUAAUAACUGAGUCACUGUGGUGUAUCCAUAAUAACUGAGUCACUGUGCAGAGUGUUCGUUAUAAGCGGUUUGAUGGUCAGGCUGAACUGGAGAUCAGAGGAGAGGAUGAUCCAUGCUAUCUGGACCACACAUACACACACACAUACGCACACGCACACACACACAUACACACACACGCACGCACACACACACACACGACAUUUGAUAGAGGUUUGGGAUCAAAUGAUAAGGAACUGUCUUUUGGUAUCUGUAUUAAUUACACAUUCAUGAAUUACCACUAAAUGGGAUGUUUGCAUCAGUCAUGCUCUAAAUUACCACUAAAUGGGAUGUUUGCAUCAGUCAUGCUCUAAAUUACCACUAAAUGGGAUGUUUGCAUCAGUCAUGCUCUAAAAUAGCAAUUUCUCUGAACAAUGGAGGUUUUGGUUUUCUAGCAGGUGAACGGAUUAACAGGUGCAAUGCCUGCUGUUCUGGAAGGGAUUGGUUUCAUGCAAAUGAGCACCUUCAAUGCUUUUCAAUGAAGAAAAUGGAAUUGGAAUUUGGUUUACUUUAUGAAUUGAAAUGGAAUUGAGCCCAACCCUGCACAGGAGUCCAGCCGACAGAGAAAUGGACAGCAGGCAUAGUCUCUGGAUUUAUUCCAAACUGAGUGACAUGUUUAGAAGGUUGUUACUAAACCAUCAGACAUAGAUGGACAGAUCGUUCCAAGACUCAUAUCCACCUUCAGCUGUGUGAGUGGCUAGCAGGCUUCUUCAGAGGCUAGCAGGCUUCUUCAGAGGCUAGCAGGCUUCUUCAGAGGCUAGCAGGCUUCUUCAGAGACUAGCAGGCUUCUUCAGUGGCUAGCAGGCUUCUUCAGAGAGGCUAGCAGGCUUCUUCAGAGAGGCUAGCAGGCUUCUUCAGAGAGGCUAGCAGGCUUCUUCAGAGGCUAGCAGGCUUCUUCAGAGAGGCUAGCAGGCUUCUUUAGAGGCUAGCAGGCUUCUUCAGAGAGGCUAGCAGGCUUCUUCAGAGAGGCUAGCAGGCUUCUUCAGAGAGGCUAGCAGGCUUCUUCAGAGAGGCUAGCAGGCUUCUUCAGAGGCUAGCAGGCUUCUUCAGAGAGGCUAGCAGGCUUCUUCAGAGGCUAGCAGGCUUCUUCAGAGGCUAGCAGGCUUCUUCAGAGAGGCUAGCAGGCUUCUUCAGAGAGGCUAGCAGGCUUCUUCAGAGAGGCUAGCAGGCUUCUUCAGAGAGGCUAGCAGGCUUCUUCAGAGAGGCUAGCAGGCUUCUUCAGAGGCUAGCAGGCUUCUUCAGAGGCUAGCAGGCUUCUUCAGAGUGGCUAGCAGGCUUCUUCAUAGGUGGUAGAUAACAUCAGUAUUGUUUACAUCUUAUGUUCAUGGAGAUGGUGGUUGAAGAUAGGGUUUCAACAUAGCUACACUUCCUCUUCACAGAUAGACUAGGGGCUAAUAACGAGUCCUGGCUGGUUGCAUUUGCAUCGACUUGUAAACACUGGUCAGUGAAACUAAGAACACAAACCAGUAGCCUAAUAUUAUUACAUUUUAAAAGUACCAUUUGCACACCUUCCUUUGAAAAAUGAUUUACCCCUAGAGAGCUCAAGUAUCAGCACUUGUAUGCACUUUGUGAGAGUCUGAUGGGGAGCAACUUUAACUCAUAAUGUAAUCUGUACUGACCUCUCUCUUCCUUCUCUUGCAGAAUCUUGACAUCAGCGUACAUGAUAAUGUCCUCCGAUUCAGGGGUACGUUUUUCUUUACUACAGUAUUUUCCACUAGAAGACACAUCUACCACUAGUGCAUGGCUUUGAAGCAGGAACGAAUGAUCCCUUUGUUUUGUUUGUUUCCAGCCCAGGGUCAUGGAGCAAGAGGAGAAAAUGAUUAUGAGUUUAGUCUGCCGUUUCUUAAUGCUGUGAAGACAGAGGUACUGUUUGACUGUGUUUACUAGAUGGACUAUUCUGAAUAAUAAUAGACUGUGUUUACUAGAUGGACUAUUCUGAAUAAUAAUAAUAGACUGUGUUUACUAGAUGGACUAUUCUGAAUAAUAAUAGACUGUGUUUACUAGAUGGACUAUUCUGAAUAAUAAUAAUAGACUGUGUUUACUAGAUGGACUAUUCUGAAUAAUAAUAAUAGACUGUGUUUACUAGAUGGACUAUUCUGAAUAAUAAUAAUAGACUGUGUUUACUAGAUGGACUAUUCUGAAUAAUAAUAAUAGACUGUUUACUAGAUGGACUAUUCUGAAUAAUAAUAAUAGACUGUGUUUACUAGAUGGACUAUUCUGAAUAAUAAUAAUAGACUGUUUACUAGAUGGACUAUUCUGAAUAAUAAUAAUAGACUGUGUUUACUAGAUGGACUAUUCUGAAUAAUAAUAAUAGACUGUGUUUACUAGAUGGACUAUUCUGAAUAAUAAUAAUAUACUGUGUUUACUAGAUGGACUAUUCUGAAUAAUAAUAAUAGACUGUUUACUAGAUGGACUAUUCUGAAUAAUAAUAAUAGACUAUGUUUACUAGAUGGACUAUUCUGAAUAAUAAUAAUAGACUGUGUUUACUAGAUGGACUAUUCUGAAUAAUAAUAGACUGUUUACUAGAUGGACUAUUCUGAAUAAUAAUAAUAUACUUUGUUUACUAGAUGGACUAUUCUGAAUAAUAAUAAUAGACUGUGUUUACUAGAUGGACUAUUCUGAAUAAUAAUAAUAGACUGUGUUUACUAGAUGGACUAUUCUGAAUAAUAAUAAUAGACUGUGUUUACUAGAUGGACUAUUCUGAAUAAUAAUAAUAGACUGUGUUUACUAGAUGGACUAUUCUGAAUAAUAAUAAUAGACUGUGUUUACUAGAUGGACUAUUCUGAAUAAUAAUAAUAGACUGUGUUUACUAGAUGGACUAUUCUGAAUAAUAAUAAUAGACUGUGUUUACUAGAUGGACUAUUCUGAAUAAUAAUAAACCAGAAGAUAUGAAUGAUUACUGAACCAUUCAUUUAACUCUUUUCAUGUCUGCUUUUGCAUAAUACAAUUUACUCAUCAGAGCCAUUGCUAAUGAUGUAAAUAUGUGCAUGUAUAGAGUACAGUGUAGUGAUGUAGAGAUGUACAUGUAUAGAGUGGUUGUCUCACAGAUUAAUUUCCAUACUAGUAUUUGGAGAAUGAGCGUGGUUGUUGUAAGCUAAUGGAUGUCGUGUGUUCUCCAGGUGAGUCACAGGUCGACCCAGCGCCAGGUGAACAUCACAGUCCGUAAGCAGCUGAGCGGCUGGUGGGACAGACUCACCCUGCAGGAGAAGAAACCUCUGUUCCUGGCUCCUGACUUCGACCGCUGGAUGGACGAGUCUGACGCUGAGAUGGAGCUACGGGAGAAGGUAACGUCCUGUACUAUUCAUGUUAUUACAGCGGAUACAGCUCAUUAAUGAGAGAGAGAGACAACACCAGUCUGCCUGUCUGUCUCUACGGUGGGGGAAGAGCAUCAAGCAUAGCACAUUGUGACAGUGAUAAUUUCAUAUUUAUAUGUUAUAUUAUUUAUUUAUAACAAUAUAUUACAUAUUUGCUGUGUAUAUAUAUUAAUUGUGUAUUCUGUGGUAACUUUUUCAGGAGGAGAAAAAGAUCCGACUGAACAUGGAGUCAAGGCUGCCAGAGGACUGUGAGUAUAAAAAACGGUAUUUAACAAGUUGAAGGCUGCCCAGAGGUGACUGUGCGUAUAAAAAACGGUAUUUAACCAAGUUGAAGGGCUGCCAGGAGACUGGUGAGUAUAAAAAAACGGUAUUUUAACAAGUUGAAGGCUGCCAGGAGACUGUGAGUAUAAAAACGGUUAAUAAAAAACGGUAUUUAAAGUUGAAGGCUGCCAGAGGACUGUGAGUAUAAAAAACGGUAUUAACAAGUUGAAGGCUGCCAAGGACUGUGAGUAUAAAAAACGGUAUUUAACAAGUUGAAGGCUGCCAAGGACUGUGAGUAUAAAAAACUGUAUUUAAAAAGGGUUGAAGGCUGCCAGAGGACUGUGGUAUAAAAAACGGUAUUUAACAAGUGAAGGCUGCCAGAGGACGUGAUUUAUAAAAAUGGUAUUUAAACAAGUGAAGGCUGCCAGAGGACUGUGAGUUAAAAAACGUAUUUAAAAAGUUGAAGGCUGCCAGAGGACUGUGAUUUUAAAACACGGUAUUUAACAAGUUGAAGGCUGCCAGGGGACUGUGAGUAUAAAAAACGUAUUUAACAAGUUGAAGGCUGCCAGAGGACUGUGAGUAAAAAACGUAUUUAACAAGUUGAAGGACUGUGAGUAUAAAAACGGUAUUAACAAGUUGAGACUGUGAGUUUAAAACACGGUAUUUAACAAGUUGAAGGCUGCCAGAGGACUGUGAGUAUAAAAAACGGUAUUUAACAAGUUGAGGACUGUGAGUAUAAAAAACGGUAUUUAACAAGUUGAAGGCUGCCAGAGGACUGUGAGUAUAAAAAACUGUAUUUAACAAGUUGAGGACUGUGAGUAUAAAAAACGGUAUUUAACAAGUUGAGGACUGUGAGUAUAAAACACGGUAUUUAACAAGUUGAGGACUGUGAGUAUAAAAAACGGUAUUUAACAAGUUGAGGACUGUGAGUAUAAAACACGGUAUUUAACAAGUUGAGGACUGUGAGUAUAAAAAACGGUAUUUAACAAGUUGAGGACUGUGAGUAUAAAACACGGUAUUUAACAAGUUGAGGACUGUGAGUAUAAAAAACGGUAUUUAACAAGUUGAGGACUGUGAGUAUAAAACACGGUAUUUAACAAGUUGAGGACUGUGAGUAUAAAAAACGGUAUUUAACAAGUUGAAGGCUGCCAGAGGACUGUGAGUUAAAAACGGUAUUUAACAGUUGAGGCUGCAGAGGACUGUGAGUAUAAAAACGUAUUUAAAAAUUUGAGGCUGCCGGGGACUGUGAGUUUUAAAACACGGAUUUUAACAAGUUGAAGGCGCCAGAGGACUGUGAGUAAAAAAAACGGUAUUUAACAAGUUGAGGACUGUGAGUAAAAAAAACGGUAUUUAACAAGUUGAGGACUGGGAGUUUAAAACACGUAUUUAACAAGUUGAGGCUGCAAGGAUGUGAGUAUAAAAAACGGUAUUUAACAAGUUGAGGACUGUGAGUAAAAAAAACGGUAUUUAACAAGUUGAGCUCCCAGAGACUGUGAGUAUAAAAAACGGUAUUUAACAAUUUGGAAGGACUGUGAUUAAAAAAAACGGUAUUUAACAAGUUGAGGACUGUGAGUAUAAAACACGGUUUUUUAAACAAGUUGAGGACUGUGAGUAUAAAAACGGUAUUUAACAAGUUGAGGACUGUGAGUAUAAAACAGGGAAAUUUAACAAGUUGAGGACUGUGAGUAUAAAAAACGGUAUUUAAAAAGUUGAGGACUGUGGUAUAAAAACACGGUAUUUAAAAAAUUUGAAGACUGUGAGUAUAAAAAACGUUUUUAAAACAAGUUGGGGUUUGCCAGAGGACUGUGAGUAUAAAAAACGGUAUUUAACAAGUGAAGCUGCCAGAGGACUGUGAGUAUAAAAAACGGUAUUUAACAAGUGAAGGCUGCCAGAGGACUGAGUAUAAAAAAAGAAAUUUAACAAGUUGAGGAUGUGAGUAUAAAAAAACGGUAUUUAACAAGUUGAAGGCUCCAGAGGACUGUGAUAUAAAAACGGUAUUUAAAAAGUGAAUGCUGCCAAGGACUGUUGAGUAAAAAAACGGUAUUUAACAAGUGAAGGCUGCCAGAGGACUGUGAGUAUAAAACCGGUAUUUACCAGUUGAAGCUGCCAGAGGUGUGAGUAUAAAAACGGUAUUUAACAAGUUGAAGGCUGCCAAGGACUGUGAGUAUAAAAACGUAUUAAAAGUUGAAGGCUCCAGAGACUGUGAGAUAAAAAACGGUAUUAACAGUUGAAGCUGCAGAGGACUGUGGUAUAAAACGGUUUUAACAGUUGAGACUGUGAGUAAAAAAACGGUAUUUCAAGUUGAAGGUGCAGGGACUUAUAUAAAAACGAUUAACAAGUUGAGACUGUGAGUAUAAAACGUAUUAACAAGUUGAAGACUGUGAGUAUAAAACACGGUAUUUAACAAGUGAGGACUGUGAGUAUAAAAACGUAUUAACAGUUGAGGACUGUGAGUAUAAACACGUAUUUACAAGUUGGGCUGUGAGUAUAAAAAACGGUAUUUAACAGUUGAGGACUGUGAGUAAAAACACGGUUUUAAGUAGGACGUGAUAUAAAAACGGUAUUUAACAAGUUGAGGACUGUGAGUCAUAAACACGGUAUUUAACAAGUUGAGGACUGUGAGUAUAAAAACGGUAUUUAACAGUUGAAGGCUGCCAGAGGACUGUGAGUAUAAAACGGUAUUUAACAAUGUUGAAGGCUGCCAGGGACUGUGAGUAUAAAAACGAUAUUUAACAAGUUGAAGGCUGCCAGGGACUGUGAGUUUAAAACACGUGUAUUUAACAAGUUGAAGGCUGCCAGGGGACUGUGAGUAUAAAAAACGGUAUUUAACAAGUUGAGGACUGUGAGUAUAAAAACGGAUUUAAACAAUUGAGGACUGUGAGUUUAAAACACGUAUUUAACAAGUUGAAGGCUGCCAGAGGACGGUGAGUAAAAAAACGGUAUUUAACAAGUUGAGGACUGUGAGUAUAAAAAACGGUAUUUAACAAGUUGAAGGCUGCCAGAGGACUGUGAGUAUAAAAAACGGUAUUUAACAAGUUGAGGACUGGGGAAUAAAAAACGGUAUUUAACAAUUGAGGACUGUGAGUAUAAAACACGGUAUUUAACAAGUUGAGGACUGUGAGUAUAAAAAACGGUAUUUAACAAUGAGGACUGUGAUAUAAAACACGGUAUUUAACAAGUGAGGACUGUGAGUAUCAAAAACGGUAUUUAACAAGUUGAGGAUGUGAGUAUAAAAACACGGUAUUUAACACGUUGAGGACUGUAGUAUAAAAAACGGUAUUAACAAGUUGAGGACUGUGAGUAUAAAACACGGUAUUUAACAAGUUGAGAACUGUGAGUAUAAAAAACGGUAUUUAAACAAGUUUGAAGGCUGCCAAGAGGACUGUGAGUAUCAAAAACGGGUAUUUAAACAAGUUGAAGGCUGCCAGAGGACGUGAGUAUAAAACACGGUAUUUAACAAGUUGAAGGCUGCCAGAGGACUGUGAGUAUAAAAAACAGUAUUUAACAAGUUGAGGACUGUGAGUAUAAAAAACGGUAUUUAACAAGUUGAAGGCUGCCAGAGGACUGUGAGUAUAAAAAACGGUAUUUAACAAGUUGAAUGCUGCCAGAGGACUGUGAGUAUAAAAAACGGUAUUAACAAGUUGAAGGCUGCCAGAGGACUGUGAGUAUAAACACGGUAUUUAACAAGUUGAAGGCUGCCAGAGGACUGUGAGUAUCAAAAAACGGUAUUUAACAAGUUGAAGGCUGCCAGAGGACUGUGAGUAUAAAAAACGGUAUUUAACAAGUUUGAAGGCUGCCAGAGGACUGUGAGUAUAAAAAACGGUAUUUAACAAGUGAAGGCUGCCAGAGGACUGUGAGUAUAAAAAACGGUAUUUAACAAGUUGAAGGCUGCCAGAGGACUGUGAGUAUAAAAAAACGGUAUUUAACAAGUUGAAGGCUGCCAGAGGACUGUGAGUAUAAAAAAACGGUAUUUAACAAGUUGAAGGCUGCCAGAGGACUGUGAGUAUAAAAACGGUAUUUAACAAGUUGAAGGCUGCCAGAGGGACUGUGAGUAUAAAAACAACGGUAUUUAACAAGUUGAAGGGCUGCCAGAGGACUGUGAGUAUAAAAAAACGGUUAUUUAACAAGUUGAAGGCUGCCAGAGGACUGUGAGUAUAAAAACGGUAUUUAACAAGUUGAAGGCUGCCAGAGGACUGUGAGUAUAAAAAACGGUAUUUAACAAGUUGAAGGCUGCCAGAGGACUGUGAGUAUAAAAAACGGUAUUUAACAAGUUGAAGGCUGCCAGAGGACUGUGAGUAUAAAAAAACGGUAUUUAACAAGUUGAAGGCUGCCAGAGGACUGUGAGUAUAAAAAACUGUAUUUAACAAGUUGAAGGCUGCCAGAGGACUGUGAGUAUAAAAAACGGUAUUUAACAAGUUGAAGGCUGCCAGAGGACUGUGAGUAUAAAAAACGGUAUUUAACAAGUUGAAGGCUGCCAGAGGACUGUGAGUAUAAAAAACGGUAUUUAACAAGUUGAAGGCUGCCAGAGGACUGUGAGUAUAAAAAACGGUAUUUAACAAGUUGAGGACUGUGAGUAUAAAAAAAUGUAUUUAACAAGUUGAAGGCUGCCAGAGGACUGUGAGUAUAAAAAACGGUAUUUAACAAGUUGAAGGCUGCCAGAGGACUGUGAGUAUAAAAACGGGUAAUUUAACAAGUGAAGGCUGCCAGAGGACUGUGAGUAAAAAAACGUAUUACAAGUUCAUGGACUGUGAGUAUAAAAACAGUAUUUAACAAGUUGAAGGCUGCCAGAGGACUGUGAGUAUAAAAAACUCUAUUUAACAAGUGAAGGCUGCCAGAGGACUGUGAGUAUAAAAACGGUAUUUAACAAGUUGAAGGCUGCCAGAGGACGGUGAGUAUAAAAACGGUAUUUAACAAGUUAAGGCUGCAGAGGACUGUGAGUAUAAAAAACUGUAUUUAACAAUUUUGAAGGCUGCCAGAGGACUGUGAGUAUAAACACAGGUAUUUUAACAAGUUGAAGGCUCCCAAGAGACUGUGAGUAUAAAACAUGUAUUUAACAGUUGAAGCUGCCAGAGGACUGUGAGUAUAAAAAACGGUAUUUAACAGUUGAAGGCUGCCAGAGGACUGUGAGUAUAAAACGGUAUUUAAACAAGUUGAAGCUGCCAGAGGACUGUGAGGAUAAAAAGGUAUUUAAAAAGUUGAAGGCUGCCGAGGACUGUGAGUAUAAAAACUGUAUUUAACAAUUGAAGGCUGCCAGAGGACUGUGAGUAUAAAAACGGUAUUUAACAAGUGAAUGCUCCCAGAGGACUGUGAGUAUAACAAAAGGUAUUAACAAGUUAGGACUGUGAGUAUAAAAAUGUAUUUAACAAGUUGAAGGCUGCCAAGGACUGUGAGUAUAAAAACGUAUUUAACAAGUUUGAAGCUGCCAGAGGACUGUGGGGUAUAAAAAACUGUAUUUAACAAGUUGAAGCUGCAAGGACUGUGAGUAUAAAAACGUAUUUAACAAGUUGAAGGCGCCAGAGGAUGGAUAUAAAAACGUAUAACAGUUAAAGGCUGCCAAGACUGUGAUAUAAAAAACGGUAUUUACAAGUUGAGGACUGUGGUAUAGGGGGAAACAUAUUAACAAGUUGAAGCUGCCAGAGGACUGUGAGUAAAAAACUGUAUUUAACAAGUUGAAGGCGCAGAGGAUGUGAUUAAAAAAAACUGUAUUUAACAAGUUGAAGGCUGCCAGAGGACUGUGAGUAUAACAUACUUUUUUGUGGAAGAAAUGUUCAAGGGCAGAGAAUGUGACAUGUGACCUAUGUUGUGAAUGUCUUCCCAGCGUUCAUCACUCUGCAGAAAGGUUUUCUGUUCACCUAUAACCUGGUUCAGUUCUUGGGCUUCUCCUGGAUCUUUGUCAACAUGACCAUCAGACUCAUUGUACUGGGACAAGGUGAAUCACUUCAGUUAGACUCUUUAUACUGGGACAAGGUGAAUCACUUCAGUUAGACUCUUUAUACUGGGACAAGGUGAAUCACUUCAGUUAGACUCUUUAUACUGGGACAAGGUGAAUCACUUCAGUUAGACUCUUUAUACUGGGACAAGGUGAAUCACUUCAGUUAGACUCUUAUACUGGGACAAGGUGGAAUCACUUCAGUCAGACUCUUUAUACUGGGACAAGGUGAUCACUUCAGUCAGACUCUUUAUACUGGGACAAGGUGAAUCACUUCAGUUAGACUCGUUUAUACUGGGACAAGGUGAAUCACUUCAGUUAGACUCUUUAUACUGGGACAAGGUGAAUCACUUCAGUUAGACUCUUUAUACUGGGACAAGGUGAAUCACUUCAGUUAGACUCUUUAUACUGGGACAAGGUGAAUCACUUCAGUUAGACUCUUUAUACUGGGACAAGGUGAAUCACUUCAGUCAGACUCUUUAUACUGGGACAAGGUGAAUCACUUCAGUUAGACUCUUUAUACUGGGACAAGGUGAAUCACUUCAGUUAGACUCUUAUACUGGGACAAGGUGAAUCACUUCAGUUAGACUCUUUUACUGGGACAAGGUGAAUCACUUCAGUUAGACUCUUUAUACUGGGACAAGGUGAAUCACUUCAGUUAGACUCUUUAUACUGGGACAAGGUGAAUCACUUCAGUUAGACUCUUUAUACUGGGACAAGGUGAAUCACUUCAGUUAGACUCUUUAUACUGGGUGCAAGUCUAGCUGCUCUGAUAAGGAGUUUGCAAUAGAGCAGAAACUAACUGGCAACCCAGGUUAUUAUUGUUCAGAAAGAAAUCUUAAGACAACUGUAAAUUGUAAACUCUGUGUUGCAGUGAAAAACACGGCAUGACAUAUUUUCAACUGUUCUCUCCUUUCAGAUUCUCUCUAUGACACAUUCUACACCAUCUCGGACGUGAUGUUUUUCUGCCAAAUAUUAGCCAGUGUAGAAGUGCUCAACGCUAUGUUUGGAGUGGUCAAGACUGCGGUGGUUCCUGCUUUUAUACAGGUACGGUACUGUGUUCAGGGACACUACUUUGAAUCUAACCAUUUUCAUUUCAACACUGACAGCGUCUUGGAACACAGGCAGUCAUCAUACUCCGCAAUACUUUCCCCUUUAAGUAUCUAGAAGCAUUUAUAAUGGAUUAUUCAUUAAAUUGUUAUUAGGUGUUACCAAAGUUUUGUUGUUUAAAAAAAAUUAAUUAUACAAUUAUUUUCCUAACAUUCUAUACAAUUGUAUUUUUGUAAAACAAUAUUCUGAGUACUGGGGAGUACACGUCUGGAGUACUGGGGAGUACUGGGGAGUAUGCGUCUGGAGUACACUGGAGUACACGUCUGGAGUACUGGGGAGUACUGGGGAGUACACGUCUGGAGUACUGGGGAGUACUGGGGAGUACACGUCUGGAGUACUGGGGAGUACUGGGGAGUACACGUCUGGAGUACACUGGAGUACACGUCUGGAGUACUGGGGAGUACUGGGGAGUACACGUCUGGAGUACUGGGGAGUACUGGGGAGUACACGUCUGGAGUACUGGGGAGUACUGGGGAGUACACGUCUGGAGUACUGGGGAGUACACGUCUGGAGUACUGGGGAGUACACAUCUGUCUGUCAGUCCUGUCUGGUGUUUGUGUGACUCUGUGUACUGUGGAGUACACGUCUGUCUGUCAGUCUGUGUACUGUGGUGUUCUUCAUUUCCAGGUGGUUGGUAGGAACUUCAUCCUCUUCAUCAUCUUCGGCAGCCUGGAUGAGAUGCACAACAAAGCAGUGGUCUUCUUCGUCUUCUACCUCUGGAGCUCUAUAGAGAUGUUUAGGUGGGUAUAUUACUGUCUUCUACCUCUGGAGCGCUGUAGAGAUGUUUAGGUGGGUAUAUUACUGUCUUCUACCUCUGGAGCGCUGUAGAGAUGUUUAGGUGGGUAUAUUACUGUCUUCUACCUCUGGAGCGCUAUAGAGAUGUUUAGGUGGGUAUAUUACUGUCUUCUACCUCUGGAGCGCUGUAGAGAUGUUUAGGUGGGUAUAUUACUGUCUUCUACCUCUGGAGCGCUAUAGAGAUGUUUAGGUGGGUAUAUACUGUCUUCUACCUCUGGAGCGCUAUAGAGAUGUUUAGGUGGGUAUAUUACUGUCUUCUACCUCUGGAGCGCUAUAGAGAUGUUUAGGUGGGUAUAUUACUGUCUUCUACCUCUGGAGCGCUAUAGAGAUGUUUAGGUGGGUAUAUUACUGUCUUCUACCUCUGGAGCGCUAUAGAGAUGUUUAGGUGGGUAUAUUACUGUCUUCUACCUCUGGAGCUCUAUAGAGAUGUUUAGGUGGGUAUAUUACUGUCUUCUACCUCUGGAGCGCUAUAGAGAUGUUUAGGUGGGUAUAUUACUGUCCUUCUACCCCUGGAGCGCUAUAGAGAUGUUUAGGUGGGUAUAUUACUGUCUUCUACCUCUGGAGCGCUAUAGAGAUGUUUAGGUGGGUAUAUUACUGUCUUCUACCUCUGGAGCGCUAUAGAGAUGUUUAGGUGGGUAUAUUACUGUCUUCUACCUCUGGAGCGCUAUAGAGAUGUUUAGGUGGGUAUAUUACUGUCUCUACCUCUGGAGCGCUAUAGAGAUGUUUAGGUGGGUAUAUUACUGUCUUCUACACUCUGGAGCGCUAUAGAGAUGUUUAGGUGGGUAUAUUACUGUCUUCUACCUCUGGAGCGCUGUAGAGAUGUUUAGGUGGGUAUAUUACUGUCUUCUACCUCUGGAGCGCUGUAGAGAUGUUUAGUUGGGUAUAUUACUGUCUUCUACCUCUGGGAGCGCUAUAGAGAUGUUUAGGUGGGUAUAUUACUGUCUUCUACCUCUGGAGCGCUAUAGAGAUGUUUAGGUGGGUAUAUUACUGUCUUCUACCUCUGGAGCUCUAUAGAGAUGUUUAGGUGGGUAUAUUACUGUCUUCUACCUCUGGAGCGCUAUAGAGAUGUUUAGGUGGGUAUAUUACUGUCUUCUACCUCUGGAGCGCUAUAGAGAUGUUUAGGUGGGUAUAUUACUGUCUUCUACCUCUGGAGCGCUGUAGAGAUGUUUAGGUGGGUAUAUUACUGUCUUCUACUCUGGAGCGCUAUAGAGAUGUUUAGGUGGGUAUAUUACUGUCUUCUACCUCUGGAGCGCUAUAGAGAUGUUUAGGUGGGUAUAUUACUGUCUUCUACCUCUGGAGCGCUGUAGAGAUGUUUAGGUGGGUAUAUUACUGUCUUCUACCUCUGGAGCGCUAUAGAGAUGUUUAGGUGGGUAUAUUACUGUCUUCUACCUCUUGGAGCGCUGUAGAGAUGUUUAGGUGGGUAUUACUGUCUUCUACCUCUGGAGCGCUAUAGAGAUGUUUAGGUGGGUAUAUUACUGUCUUCUACCUCUGGAGCGCUGUAGAGAUGUUUAGGUGGGGUAUAUUACUGUCUUCUACCUCUGGAGCGCUAUAGAGAUGUUUAGGUGGGUAUAUUACUGUCUUCUACCUCUGGAGCGCUAUAGAGAUGUUUAGGUGGGUAUAUUACUGUCGUCUACCUCUGGAGCGCUAUAGAGAUGUUUUAGGUGGGUAUAUUACUGUCUUCUACCUCUGGAGCGCUAUAGAGAAUGUUUAGGUGGGUAUAUUACUGUCUUCUUACCUCUGGAGCGCUAUAGAAUGUUUAGGUGGGUAUAUUACUGUCUUCUACCUCUGGAGCGCUGUAGAGCUGUUUUAGGUGGGUAUAUUACUGUCUUCUACCUCUGGAGCGCUAUAGAGAUGUUUGAGGUGGGUAUAUUACUGGUCUUCUACCUCUGGAAGCGCUAUAGAGAUGUUUAGGUGGGUAUAUUAACUGUCUUCUACCUCUGGAGCGCUAUAGAGAUGUUUAGGUUGGGUAUAUUACUGUCUUCUACCUCUGGAGCGCUGUAGAGAUGUGUUAGGUGGGUAUAUUACUGUCUUCUACCUCUGGAGCGCUGUAGAGAUGUUUAGGUGGGUAUAUUACUGUCUUCUACCCUGGAGCGCUAUAGAGAUGUUUUAGGUGGGUAUAUUACUGUCUUCUACCUCUGGAGCGCAUAGAGAUGUGUAGGUGGGUAUAUUACUGUCUUCUACCUCUGGAGCGCUAUAGAGAUGCUUAGGUGGGUAUAUUACUGUCUUCCUACCUCUGGAGCGCUGUAGAGAUGUUUAGGUGGGGUAUAUUACUGUCUUCUACCUCUGAGCGCUGUAGAAGAUGUUUAGUGGGUUAUAUUACUGUCUUCUACCUCUGGAGCGCUAUAGAGAGUGUUUAGGUGGGUAUAUUCUGUCUUCUACCUCUGGAGCGCAUAGAGAUGUUUAGGUGGGUAUAUACUGUCUUCUACCUCUGGAGCGCUAUAGAGAUGUUUAGGUGGGUAUAUUACUGUCUUCUACCUCUGGAGCGCUAUAGAGAUGUUUAGGUGGGUAUAUUACUGUCUUCUACCUCUGGAGCGCUAUAGAGAUGUUUAGGUGGGUAUAUUACUGUCUUCUACCUCUGGAGCGCUAUAGAGUGUUUUAGGUGGGUAUAUUACUGUCUUUCUACCUCUGGAGCGCUAUAGAGAUGUUUAGGUGGGUAUAUUACUGUCUUCUACCUCUGGGAGCGCUAUAGAGAUGUUUAGUGGGUAUAUUACUGUCUUCUACCUCUGGAGCGCUGUAGAGAUGUUUAGGUGGGUAUAUUACUGUCUUCUACCUCUGGAGCGCUGUAGAGAUGUUUAGGUGGGUAUAUUACUGUCUUCUACCUCUGGAGCGCUAUAGAGAUGUUUAGGUGGGUAUAUUACUGUCUUCUACCCUCUGGGAGCGCUAUAGAGAUGGUUUAGGUGGGUAUUUACUGUCUUCUACCUCUGGAGCGCUAUAGAGAUGUUUAGGGUGGGUAUAUUACUGUCUUCUACCUCUGGAGCGCUAUAGAGAUGUUUAGGUGGGUAUUAUAAGUCUACUGCACAUAAAGGGGUCAUUCAUGCUGACUGUGUGUUGCAUGGAUGUGGAAGCAAAAUGGCCGAUCAUCAAGAAGCUUCCUCAGCAGCGUUAGUAAUGUGUAAGAUCAUGAUGGCAUUAUCUGUCCACAGUUUCCUCUGUAGAUGUUAGCCUGGUUUAUACCACAACACUGCCACAGAUCUGUGGUUUACUUUAUGUCUUCAGAACGUUCUUUGAACUAGAGACGCCAUUCUUUCCAAUUAAAAUACACCGCUCCCCCCAGGUAUCCGUUCUACAUGCUGGGUUGUAUCGACACAGAAUGGAAGACGAUCACCUGGCUGAGGUACACCAUCUGGAUACCCCUGUACCCUCUGGGGGUGCUGGCUGAAGGUGAGUUAGUUCACCUUUACUUCCCAAAGGGGUGUAUAGUAUUAUUAAGGCUAGGUAAUAGGAAGCCUGAAGAAUGGACAGAAUACCUGGGUAACACUUUACUCAACAGUUAUCUCUCUCUCUCCCCCCCUACCUCUCCAGCGGUUGCAGUGGUCCAGUCCAUCUCAGUGUUUGACCAGAGCAGACUGUUCAGUAUCCCUCUACCAAAAGCCCUGGGCCUGGGCUCCUCUGUCAGCUUCUCCUAUGUCCUCUAUUCUAUCACCUCUAGGUCAUCGGUAAGAACUUUCUAGUCCCUCGUACAUUCACCAUAUUCAUGUAAAAUGUCUCCACACCUGUACACACGGUGUAAUUACUAUUUGUAACAACGUUGAGGUGUCCAUCUUUAAAGGCUGUGUACAUAUGACAACAUUAUGACAAUAAUUUUUAUGACACCUCAUAGGCCAUACCCCCACAUAUAAAGAUGGACACCUCAUAGGCCACACCCCCACAUAUAAGAUGACACCUCAUACGGCCACACCCCACAUAUAAAGAUGGACACCUCAUAGGCCACACCCACCCCAUAUAAAGACUGGACAACCUCAAGUGCACACACACCCACAUAUAAAUGAUGACCACCUCAUAGGCCAACCCCCACAUAUAAGAUGGACACCUCAUAGGCCACACCCCCAUAUAUAAAGAUGGAUACCACAUAGGCCACCCCCCAUAUAUAAAGAUGGACACCUCAUAGGCCACACCCCCAUAUAUAAAGAUGGACACCUCAUAGGCCACACCCCCACAUAUAAAGAUGGACACCUCAUAGGCCACACCCCCACAUAUAAAGAUGGACACCUCAUAGGCCACACCCCCACAUAUAAAGAUGGACACCUCAUAGGCCACACCCCCACAUAUAAAGAUGGACACCUCAUAGGCCACACCCCCACAUAUAAAGAUGGACACCUCAUAGGCCACACCCCCACAUAUAAAGAUGGACACCUCAUAGGCCACACCCCCAUAUAUAAAGAUGGAUACCUCAUAGGCCACACCCCCAUAUAUAAAAUGGACACCUCAUAGGCCACACCCCCAUAUAUAAAGAUGGACACCUCAUAGGCCACACCCCCAUAUAUAAGACGGACACCUCAUAGGCCACACCCCAUAUAUAAAGAUGACACCAUAGGCCACACCCCAUAUAUUAAAGAUGGACACCUCAUAGGCCACACCCCACCAUAUAAUAAAUGGACACCUCAUAGGCCCCACACCCCACAUAUAAGAUGGAUACCACAUAGGCCACACCCCCAUAUAUAAAGAUGGAUACCUCAAGGCCACACCCCCAUAUAUAAAGAUGGACACCUCAUAGGCCACACCCCCAUAUAUAAAGAUGGAUACCACAGUCCCACCCCCAUAUAUAAAAUGGCACCUCAUAGGCCACCCCCAUAUAUAAGAUGGAUACCACUAGGCCACACCCCAUAUAAAGAUGGACACCUCAUAGCCACACCCCCAUAUCAGAUGGACACCUCUAGGCCACACCCCCACAUAUAAAGAUGGAUACCUCAUAGGCCACACCCCCAUAUAUAAGAUGGACCUCAUAGGCUCACCCCCAUAUAUAAAGAUGGACACCUCAUAGCGCACACCCCCCAUAUUAAAGAUGGACACUCUAUAGGCCACACCCCCAUUAUCAAGAUGGACACCUCAUAGGCCACACCCCCAUAUAUAAAGAUGGACCCUCAUAGGCCACCCCCAUAUAUAAAGAUGACCUCAUAGGCCACACCCCACAUAUAAAGAUGGAUACCACAUGGGCCCACACCCCCAUAUCUAAAGAUGGAUACCUCAAAAGGCACACCCCCAUAUAUAAAAAUGACACCUCAUAGGCCACACCCCAUAUAUAACGAUGGAUACCCAUGCCACACCCCCAAUAUAAAGUGGACACCUCAUAGGCCACACCCCCAUAUAUAAGAUGGACCCUCAUAGGCCACACCCCCAUAUAAGAUGGACCACCUCAUAGGCCACACCCCAUAUAUAAAGACUGUACCCUCUAUAGGCCACACCCCCAUAUAUAAGAUGGACCUCAUAGGCCACACCCCCAUAUAUAAAGAUGGCACAUCAUAGGCCACAACCCCCAUAUCUAAAGAUGGACACCUCAUAGGCCACACCCCCAUAUAAAGAUGGCACCUCAUAGGCCACACCCCUAUAUAAAGAUGGACACCGGUCAUAGGCCACAUCCCCUUAUAAGAUCGACACCUCAUAGGCCACACCCCCAUAUAUAAAGAUGUACACCUCAUAGGCCACACACCCCAUUUUAUAAAUGUCUCAUCACGAUAUGUCUGUGGUCUGAGGGCUUCUCUCACUAUUAUCUGUUAUGUUGCAGGGCUUCUCAUUACGAUAUUGUCAGUUGGUUGAGGGCUUCUCUUUAACGAUAUUGUCUGUAUUGUUGCAAGGGCUUCUCAUUAACAUAUUGUCAUAGUUGUGUUCAGGGCUUCUCAUACAACGAUCGCUCAUGUGUUGCAGCUUCUCUUUAACCCGAUAUCCCUGUUAGUGGAGCCUUACUCAUUACCCAUUGUAGUGAUGGCAUAGCUUCUCAUCACCGAUAUAGCUGUGUGUGCAAGGCUUCCCCAUAUAACGAAUAUGUUGUUCUUGCAGGGCUUCUCAUUAACGAUAAGAUUGGACCUGUGUGUUGCAGCCUUCUCAUUAAACGUCUUAGCCCCCCAUAUAUAUAGUGACUUCAGGCACACCCCAUAACGUAAUUGUCUGUUGUGUUGCAGGGCUUCUCAUUAACGAUAUUGUCUGUUGUGUUGCAGGGCUGCUCAUCAACGUCCGCCACCUGUACAAGCAGAGGAAGAAGAGGUUCCGGACCAAGAAGAGGAAAUCUAACUGA